CAUCUCCGAGUCCGUGGUGCACACGGCCGUCAUGGGGCUGCUGCUCGUGAGCGGCGAGACCCAUCACACGCUACUCCUGGGCUCCGGCCACAUCGGCCUCAGGAAUUUGGGCAACACGUGCUUCAUGAACGCCGUGCUGCAGUGCCUGAGCAGCACGCGGCCGCUGCGCGACUACUGCCUGCGCAAGGAGUUCCAGCAGGAGCCGCCCGGCGGCCCCCGCGCCCCCCAGGAGCUCACCGAAGCCUUCGCGGACGUCAUCAGCGCCCUGUGGCACCCGGACUCCACGGAGGCCGUGAACCCCGGGCGCUUCAAGGCCGUCUUUCAGAAAUACGUCCCGUCCUUCACGGGCUACAGCCAGCAGGAUGCCCAGGAAUUCCUCAAGUUCUUCAUGGACCGGCUGCACGUGGAGAUCAACCGGAAAGGCCGCAGGACGCCCAGCAUCCUGUCGGACGCCAAGCGGCCCUCGGUGCUGGAGGACUCGGAGCUGCUGAGUGACGACGAACGCGCCAACCAGAUGUGGAAGCGGUACCUGGAGAGGGAGGACAGCAAGAUAGUGGAUCUGUUCGUGGGGCAGCUCAAGAGCUGCCUCAAGUGCCAGGCCUGCGGCUACCGCUCCACCACCUUCGAAGUGUUUUGCGACCUCUCCCUGCCCAUCCCAAAGAAGGGCUUUGCCGGCGGGAAGGUCUCGCUCCACGACUGCUUCAGCCUCUUCACCAAGGAGGAGGAGCUGGACUCGGAGAACGCUCCGGUGUGUGACAAGUGCCGGCAGAGGACGCGGAGCACCAAGAAGCUCACGAUCCAGCGCUUCCCCCGCAUCCUGGUGCUCCACCUCAACAGGUUCUCCACCACGCGCUACUCCAUCAAGAAAUGCUCCGUGUUCGUGGACUUCCCCCUGCAGCAGCUCAACCUGAAGGAGUUCGCCAGCGAGAAGGCAGGUGAGGAGGAG